AUGAAUAAUUAUGCAUGCAUUAAUUCUGAUAUCUGGGCGCAAAACUGUGCCAAGCAAAUCGAGCUCGAAUCUGGUGGGGCGGCACCCUCCUAUUCGACGCAUCAUGCUUCUACAGUGCAACAGCAGCAGGACGCAGCUUCAACAUUGAAAGACUUCAACAACAAUGAUGUCCUCGUAUUGCUCAAGCUUGCUCGAUCCACUCGCCAUAUCGAGCCCAUUCCGGAGCAGGGUCCAGGAGAGAGGCACCUUUCUCCCUCGCAGGUCCUUGCGCUAUCUACCUUGAAAGAUUGCCCGGAUGGUAGGAUCUUGGGUUGGCUAGAGCUAGCCCGUCUCCACCGUCAUGUUCCGACCUCUCCAAUCCUUGAGUCUGGGUCUGGUUCUGACACCCUGCUUCCAUCUUUCCGUGCGCAGCCGAAACAGUCCGUAGCCGGGCUCACGUUAGGGACGGAUGCGACUGCGACGGGUCCAUCACAAAUAAUCCCCAACCCUUGGGGACCGCAGUCUGCUACCGACCAUUUUUCCAGAAACGACUCCAGCAGGUCUUCCAGGUCGACUAGGUCGAGAAACACUGACAACCACUACUGGUGCACAGUAUGUGAAGAACUGAAGUCUUACAAAGACAGUGGAAGUUGGAAGAAACACGAGAAGGAACACGAGACAAUAUUCGUUUGCGGUCUGGAUGAUGCCGCAGGAAGUAGCAGGGCUGGCCAAAAUCACGCCUCGAGACGGUUUACGUGCAAGAGAAGGGACAUCAUGGUCAAUCAUUUGAACAAGUUGCAUGGAAUAAUGGAGGCACAUCGAGGCCGUGAGCUCGCAGAUCAAUGGCGACACACCGUGGGGAAGCGAGCAUGGUCUUGUGGUUUCUGCAUCACCAUAUUCUCAACCUUUCAGGAUCGUCUCAAGCACAUCGAUAUCAAGCAUUUCAGAGAGCGUCAAAGCAUCCACGAAUGGGACUUGAACAAGGUGAUCUUGGGCCUAUUGCAACAGCCGAAGAUGGAAAACGCCUGGAAGACGAGAACAGCGUUACUGACUCCUUGGGUGCACCCGGAAAACUUUGCUUGGAAUAAGGCUGUCGCAGAAUAUUUGCGAGCAGAACUGGAGAGGGGCCCCUCGGAUGACCAUCAUGCAAAUACCCUUGCGGACGCUGUCUAUUCCGCAAGCGAAUCCAAUGGAGGAUCUUGGUCUCAGAGCGGCACGACCCACGCCAUCCCCCAUUCGGAUGCAACGGAACAGUUGAGUCUCUUGUCAUCACCAAACCCCUAUCAGGCGACCUCAGCUCUAAUGUCCGAUUCUGGAUUGUACCAUCGCCCGAGUCCAGCGACCACGGAUUCUACUGCCCAUCUCAUCUCCAGCGAUCCUUCAUACGUUGGAGUUCCGACGAACACUUGCCCCCUCGGAAACACGCUAGAGCCGGCGAUGCCAUCCCUCAACCACUCUCAAAGUUGGACUUCUGCCUCAGAAACCGGAACCUUCUUCAACGGCUAUGAGCCGUCAGAAAGCUACGGUGGUCAAGGCGCGCCUUAUUUGACACCAAAUUGGUACGGUCAAUGA